AUGGACACAUUGUUUGAUAACUCUAAAAGAGAGCAGCUUUCUUUUGUUCUUCGAUACAUAAGUAGUGAAACUGGUGUAAUUAAUGAAAGGCUAAUAUGUAUGCAAGAAUGUGCAAAUACAUCUGCUCAGAAUAUGUUUUUAGUAUUUAAAAGUAUAUGUGACAAGAAUAGUUUACAGUGGACAGAAAAUCUAAUUGGACAGUCUUAUGAUGGGGCUAGUAAUAUGCGUGGAACUUACUCAGGCCUUCAAGCUUUAAUAAAAAAUGAAAACUCUUCAGCAGUUUAUAUAUGGUGUUAUGCUCACCGUUUGAACCUUGUUGUGAUUGAUGCAGUGAAGUGUUCAACAAAUGCAAUUAAUAUGUUUGGUAUAUUAGAAUCAGUUAAUGACUUCAUUUCUUCCAGUAAAAAUCGAGUUUCAUUAUUUGAAGAAUGUCAGAAACAAAAAUAUAAAAAUGAACGACGUAUAAAACGAUUGAAAAGAGUGGAGACCACUAUGUGGUGGUCACAUGACUAUGCACUUAAUACUGUCAUAGACAUUUUCGAUGCACUUUAUGAAACAUUAGAUGUAUUGCAAACAGAAAAUAAUUCAAAUGAUCGUAAACGUCUCCACCAAGCUGCUAAAUUUACUGAACAAACUUCUGGUAUAUUCAAAGAUAUAUCACUAUUUUCUCGUCGACGUAUUGAAGAAAUAUCAAAAGACUUACAAACAUUUCCUAGAGAUGCAUUUUCUGUGUUUGCAGAUGUUUAUAAAAAAUAUAUUAAUGUUGAAGACCUUAGGAGAGAGUACUUACAUUUCUGUAAAUGUUAUUUUGGUUUUGAAAAAAUUAAGUAUAUACCAACAAAAUUACAUAACAGUAAUAACGAUGAAAUUCAUGAAGACACUUCAUCAUCUUUGAACUCUGAUAAUUCAAAUUUAGAAACUGAACAUCCAUUUAAUGAACUUCCUAAUAAUGGAUGUAGUCUAAGUAUUGUUUUAAAUGUCCUUAGAAUCAGUGGUUUAGAUACAACCUUUCCAACACUUAAUGUUGCUUUAAAAAUAGCCUUAACACUACCGGUAGCAAGUACUACUCCUGAAGGACUUUUUCCAAACUCACAAUCAUAA